GAGUUCUGCAGGCAGCUGGGUCUCCGGCCUGGCCAGAGGGUGCUGGACGUCGGCUGUGGGUCGGGAGGGUCAGCCUUCUUCAUGUCGCGCCUCUACGGGGUCCACGUGCACGGGGUCGACAUUUCCAGCAACAUGAUAGACCUUGCAGUGCAACGGCAGACUCACCUCCGACGCGCACAGAGGAAGAGAUUGCAGUUUGAGAUGAGAGACAUCUUGGACGCUGACUACGGCGAUUGCAGCUUUGACGUCAUCUACAGUCGCAACUCCGUCCUGCACAUCACGAACAAGGAAGAAUUGUUCGCCAAACUUUAUCGGUGGCUGAAGCCCAGCGGAACUCUCUUUGUCACGGAUUACUGCCUGGGACCCGCGCCGACCUCGAGGCCCUUCGCCGACUACAUGGCGAAGUCGAGUAUGUCCCUGGUGACAGUGAGGGAUUACGGGCGUGUGGUCACAAGGGCGGGCUUCAGUCUGAUAGCAAGAGACCUCGGUAACGAAUUCGACAGGAUCCAGCAGAAUGAGCUCGACGCCUUCAUACCAACGCAGGAGGCCUUCGCUCAAGAGUACUCUCAGGAGGAAUUUGAAGGAAUGGUGACUGUUGCUACUAAUAAGCUCACGUGGAUCAGGACUCGCCAGCUGACGUGGGCCUCUUUCGUCGGUCGGAAAUUAUAGUUUUCCAACUGACAGACAACCGCCGAGUUUAUAUCGGCGCUCUUAACAUGGUUGAGCGGCGAAGGCUUUGUUGUCUACUAUUCCCUCUGGCAAAAGGUGGAACUGUCUUUGCAACGUAAAGGAGUAGAAAACAUAUUUGCGAACCAAAAGCUGAAAGGCAAAUUGGAAAUGAUCGAAAAAAUAAGAUAAUGAUACAUGAAGUAUCGUUUGCUCAAGAUCAAUAAAACUUUUGAAAAAGAA